AUGGCCACUAACUUAACAUCUUUGAAGCCACCAUUUAAGGUGAAGGCCAGGUAUGGUUGGUCGGGCCAAACUAAAGGCGACUUAGGCUUUCUGGAGGGAGAUAUUAUGGAAGUCACAAGGAUUGCCGGUUCUUGGUUCUACGGCAAGUUAUUGAGAAACAAAAAAUGUUCUGGGUAUUUUCCUCAUAACUUCGUCAUACUAUUAGAGGAGAGAUUAAAUUCGAGCACUGAAAAUGGUAGGCAACCUUCAAAAAUAGUAGAAAGUUUUGAAAAAUCAAAUAAAGUUGUUAUUCCACCAGUACCAUCAAGGUAUUCUGACGAGAGGCCAAGGCCUAAAAAGAAGCUAUCUUCAUCAAUGCCCAAUUCACCCAAGAAGCCGGUAGAUUCUUUGACAAAGGCUAGAAAGGCAAAAUCAAAAGAAAUGGUAAAUGAAAAAAAUAUCUAUAAUACCCAAUCCUCUCGACAUCAUAAUAACUCAGCUCCAAAUUUACCUUUGGCUAGCCAUAGUAAGCCUCAAGUACGAAAUUUCGAGGAGUCCAUGAACAAUCCGUUACCACCUCUACCGCCACUACCAGAUUUGGACAAUAUGAGAAAGACAGAUAAAAGGGCACCAAAGAAAUCAUAUUCUGCAAACGAUUUACAUAUGGCACGUUCUUCAAGAGAAUAUAACUAUUACAAAGACAACCAGAAAUUCUAUGAUGGGUUUAUCCCAGAAAAGAGAUAUUCUUUAGAAGAGGACUCUAUUUCAUCAGGCCUGUUUUCAAACUCUCAGUACUUAAAUGAUUCUGCUUGUAGUAGUGAGAACAGUUUUGCCUUAAUGAGUGAUUUUAGUGCCACGAGCGCGGGAAGUUUCGCCAGACAUAAAUAUGCACAAUCGUUUUCCGAUUCAUUGCAAAGAUCACAGAAUGCAAAUGGCUGCUCUACAAAGAUAAAUGAUUCACAGGAGUUUGGUGAUUCCAAUGCUAGUUCGAGAAAUGGAAAAAUGGGUGAUAUCCUUAGGAAAAUAAUUAUUCCAAAGAGGAAUACAAAUAUUUACUCCAGUUCAGUAUCCUCACCAAAGUCACCAAAAGCAUAUCCUAAACUACCAGAUAUUCAGAAUUUAAACUUGUCUGCAACACCCGAUGAAGCUCGCGAUUGGAUUGCGGUAAAAUGUCACUUGAACAGAGCAAGGACUCUUACCAAAUAUGACAAACAUCCGAGGUAUAUGAGAGCUCUCGAAGAAAAUCGCGACUUGAUCUUACAUCCUCAAGAUUCGAUUUAUAACGGGCUAAAUACCAAUGAAGUCAAAGGUAAUACAAAGCCCGGUUUGGUCGAUGUGGAACUGGCCGAAUUAAACAUAGAAUACAUUGAUAAGAUGACUUGGAAACGGUGUAUUAGAGACGGAACUAUGACAUUAGACAGUUGGGCUCAAACAACUUUUUCAGCAAGAUACUCAACUGUUCUGGAAAAGUUAAGAGGCAUAUACAUUUUUUGCACAGAGAUGUUUGCUCUGACUGAUGAUAAUGGAACGUCAGAUUUUUCUGCGGAACCCCAAAAUUUAGAGAAAAUACUAUACAGAAAGCAUUGUACGCCAUAUGAAUUGACAUGGCUUUUCAAGAAAUUAGCAAACUCAUUGGGAAUCACUUGUGAAAUUGUUAUAGGUUUCCUGAAAACACCGAGUGCUAUAAAUUGGGAGUUUAAGUAUAACCACUGCUGGUUGAGAAUACUGGUUAACAAAGAAUGGAGAUUUAUUGACGUUAUUUUAGGAAAUGUAACCAACCCAAUUCAUGAAUUUGUAAAUAACAGAAAGAUCAAGAAAGCAGAAAAUAGCUACUUUUUGAUGGCACCAUUAGAAAUGAUAUACACACAUAUACCGCCUAGGGAAUUUGAGCAGCAUAUUGUUCCUAGUAUCGAUCAAUUAUCUGCAUUGUAUCUGCCAUUAGUUUUUCCAUCUUUUUUCAAAAAUGAGUUAAAGUUAUACAAAUUUAGUACUGCACUAUCAUUUUUGGAAGAUUCUGAGAUCUACGAAUGCUCCUUAGAAAUUCCCAAUGACGUUGAAGUCUUUGCAUCCGUGGUUAUUCCAACGGAUAAUGAAGAAGCUUCAUCUGCGUACAGGAAUAUGGAACUCGCACUGACCCAAAUCAAAAAGCAGAAAGCCGAGUCUGGUAGAAGAAUUGCUCUAAUCAAAGCAGUCCUACCACCCAAUGUGAACAAAGGUUCACUGUACAUACAUUCAGGUGUAAGAGGUACGCAAACGAGUAUUGCCAAUAUCCAUCCACUGUCCAUGAUGGUCCCAUUAACACAUAAGGGAAGUAACAUGAAAUACGAAUUUGUGAUCAAGAUACCCUCAGAAAGCAUUCAGAAGAUUGAGCUAUACAUUGUCGAGCCACAGAGUAGAUAUCUAUUUGUUGGUAAUGAGUACUCAUUCGAAGUUAUUCAAAGUCCCUCCGAUGGUAUUGUAUACAGCAGUGAUGAAGGGCCGAACCAAAAUAGGAAACAACCAAUGGCAAUAAAAUCACCCUCAGGAAGAGUUCAUGAGCUAGUCAAGAGCGAUCCCCACUUUCCUUAUGGUACCUGGAAAGGAAGCAUUAAAAUCAAAGAGCCCGGCGUCUGGAGCGCUUUAGUGAUCGCUGACUCUGGUAUUGGGUGGUCCGUUUUUGCUGAAUGGUUGUGCGUAUAA